UCCGUUCGCUUUCUUUCUCGCAGUGAACUCUACAAUCGGCCAUUUUCUCACGCACUUCCUGCCGACACGGACGAAAAUUUGUGGUCGCGUUCUACGGUAGUCACGUGCAUUUGCUGCUGAAAUGCAGUACAACUGCUGGGAUUAAUCGCCUAAGAAAAUAACUUUGCAUGGAGAAUCUUUUCGUUCAGAACGAAGCACGUCACGCACAAUCGUGAAAACGCGCUGAAAUUGUAAAGUUUUACACGAAGCGCAUGUACCAAUUGACGGUUUAACGCCAAGAUGUAUCUGUACAACUUCAUCUUACAACGUGCCACCGGCAUCACGCAUGCCGUGCACGGAAGCUUUGCCGGCACCAAGUUGCAGGAAAUUUUGCUUGCCAAGGGCAAAGGUCUGGAGCUGGUACGGCCGGAUCCGAACACGGGCAAGGUUCAUACGUUGCUGCAGACGGAAGUGUUCGGCGUCAUACGCUCAUUGAUGUCCUUCCGACUUACGGGCGGGUCGAAAGAUUAUGCCGUGAUCGGUUCUGAUUCGGGACGCAUUGUGAUCCUGGAAUAUAACCCGGCGAAGAAUCAGCUCGAAAAGGUUCACCAGGAAACAUUCGGCAAGUCAGGAUGUCGGCGCAUCGUACCCGGUCAGUAUUUGGCAAUCGAUCCAAAGGGUCGUGCCGUCAUGAUUGGAGCAGUCGAAAAGCAAAAGCUGGUUUACAUCCUGAACCGCGAUUCCGAGGCUCGGCUUACCAUUUCGUCUCCGUUGGAAGCGCACAAAUCCAACACACUAACAUACCACAUGGUGGGCGUCGACGUCGGAUUCGAGAAUCCGAUGUUUGCCUGUCUGGAGAUCGAUUACGAGGAAGCCGACACGGAUCCAACCGGUGAAGCGGCCACCAAGACACAGCAAACGCUGACCUUCUAUGAGCUUGAUCUCGGAUUGAACCACGUGGUGCGAAAGUAUUCGGAACCGCUCGAAGAGCAUGCGAACUUUCUCAUAUCCGUGCCGGGUGGUAACGACGGUCCGUCCGGUGUGUUGAUCUGCUCGGAGAAUUAUUUGACGUACAAAAAUUUGGGCGAUCAACACGACAUCCGCUGUCCGAUUCCGCGCCGCCGCAACGAUCUGGACGAUCCCGAACGGGGCAUGAUCUUCAUCUGUUCGGCCACGCAUCGUACCAAAUCGAUGUACUUUUUCUUGGUGCAAACGGAACAGGGUGACAUCUUCAAGGUGACGCUCGAAACCGACGAUGACGUCGUAUCAGAAAUAAAGCUAAAGUACUUCGACACGGUGCCGCCAGCGACGGCCAUGUGCGUGCUCAAGACCGGCUUCCUGUUUGUGGCCUGCGAGUUCGGUAAUCACUAUCUGUACCAGAUCGCACAUCUCGGCGAUGAUGAUGAUGAACCGGAGUUCAGUUCUGCGAUGCCGCUCGAGGAGGGCGAUACGUUCUUCUUCGCACCAAGACAGCUGAAGAAUUUGGUGAUGGUGGACGAUAUUCCAUCGUACGCACCGAUCCUCGGUUGUCAGGUCGGGGAUCUCGCCAACGAAGACACACCGCAGCUGUACUUGGCUUGCGGACGAGGACCACGCUCCUCCAUCCGGGUGCUGCGACAUGGUCUGGAGGUGUCGGAAAUGGCUGUAUCGGAGCUGCCCGGUAAUCCGAAUGCCGUGUGGACCGUCAAGAAACGAAUCGAUGACGAGUUCGAUGCGUACAUCAUCGUAUCGUUCGUAAAUGCGACGCUUGUGCUGAGUAUUGGCGACACGGUCGAGGAAGUGACGGACAGUGGCUUCCUCGGUACGACGCCGACCCUUUGCUGCAGUGCGCUCGGUGACGAUGCACUGGUGCAGGUCUAUCCGGACGGCAUUCGCCACAUUCGCGCGGACAAGCGUGUGAACGAAUGGAAAGCGCCAGGCAAGAAAACCAUCAUGAAAUGUGCAGUCAAUCAGCGCCAGGUGGUAAUUGCACUUUCCGGUGGCGAGCUUGUGUACUUCGAAAUGGAUCCGACUGGACAACUGAACGAGUAUACGGAGCGCAAGAAAAUGCCGAGCGAAGUUAUGUGCAUGGCUCUUGGGUCGGUGCCCACCGGUGAACAACGGUCAUGGUUCUUGGCCGUCGGUUUGGCCGACAACACCGUACGCAUCAUAUCGUUGGAUCCAACGGACUGUCUUUCCCCACGGUCCAUGCAAGCUCUACCCUCGGCCGCCGAGUCUCUGUGCAUCGUCGAAAUGGGCACAAUCGAAUCAUCCGAGGACGACGGCGUCACAACCACGACUGGGUGCAUUUAUCUAAACAUUGGUCUCACCAACGGAGUACUGUUGCGCACGGUGCUGGAUCCGGUUUCGGGCGAUCUGGCCGACACGCGAACACGUUACCUCGGUUCGCGUCCUGUUAAGCUGUUCCGCAUUCAGAUGCAAGGUUCCGAGGCGGUUCUUGCAAUGUCGAGUCGUUCCUGGCUGAGCUAUUACUAUCAGAACCGCUUCCAUCUGACGCCUCUGUCGUACGAAACGCUAGAGUAUGCGUCCGGAUUCUCGAGCGAACAGUGUUCGGAAGGUAUUGUGGCCAUCUCGACCAAUACGUUGCGAAUUCUUGCACUCGAGAAGCUGGGAGCCGUGUUCAAUCAGAUAACCUUCCCGCUGGAAUAUACCCCCAAGCGGUUUGCCAUUCAUCACGAAACGGGCAAGCUGAUCAUCAGCGAAACGGACCAUAACGCAUACACGGAAGAAACGAAAACCAUCCGCAAGAAGCAGAUGGCGGAUGAAAUGCGCGAAGCGGCCGGAGAGGAUGAACAGGAGCUGGCGAACGAGAUGGCAGACGCGUUCAUCAAUGAAGUGUUGCCGGAGGAUGUGUUCUCGUCACCGAAAGCCGGUACCGGUAUGUGGGCGUCCCAGAUUCGUGUGAUGGAUCCGAUCAAUGGUCACACAUACUCGAAGGUGCAACUGGCCCAGAAUGAGGCAGUACUGUCAUUGGCGUUGGUGCGUUUUGCCGUCGAUCAGAAGUGGUACGUGGUGGCGGGUGUGGCUAAAGAUUUGCAGAUAAAUCCCAAAAUCAGCCAAGGAGGGUUCAUCGAUGUCUACAAGGUCGAUAGCCAGACGCAUCAGCUCGAGCACAUGCAUCGAACCGAGAUUGAUGAUGCGCCCGGUGCGCUCUGUCCGUUCCAGGGACGACUGCUGGCCGGUAUCGGAAAGGUGCUACGCAUCUACGAUCUAGGCAAGAAGAAGCUGCUGCGUAAAUGUGAGAACAAACACAUUCCGAACCAGAUCGUGAAUAUUCAGGGCAUGGGCCAGCGCGUGUACGUAUCGGACGUGCAGGAAUCGGUGUACUGCAUUAAGUACAAGCGGGCAGAGAACCAGCUCAUCAUCUUUGCCGACGACACACAUCCCCGGUGGAUCACAUCGGCCACCCUGCUCGAUUACGAUACGAUUGCAACUGGCGAUAAGUUCGGCAACAUUUCCAUUUUGCGCCUGCCGCACUCAGUGUCGGACGAUGUGGACGAAGAUCCGACCGGCAACAAAGCGCUGUGGGAUCGUGGCCUGCUGAACGGCGCUUCGCAGAAGGCAGAAAACAUUUGUACCUUCCAUCUGGGCGAGAUCGUGAUGUCGCUACAGAAGGCAACACUCAUCCCGGGUGGUUCGGAAUCUCUUAUCUACGCUACGAUGAGCGGUACGGUUGGUGCACUGGUGCCUUUCACGAGCCGCGAAGAUUUUGAUUUCUUCCAACAUUUGGAAAUGCACAUGAGAAACGAAAAUCCACCAUUGUGCGGACGGGAUCAUUUGAGCUACCGCAGCUAUUACUUCCCGGUGAAGAAUGUAAUGGAUGGAGAUCUGUGCGAACAGUUCACCUCGCUCGAUCCGGCUAAACAGAAGAGCAUUGCGUCGGAUCUGGGACGGACACCCAGUGAGGUGGCAAAGAAGCUCGAGGACAUUCGGACGCGAUAUGCGUUCUGAAUCUGCUGUGCACAGGUGGCUUUACUGUCAUCGCGUCAAUCCUAUCAAUGGCAGGUUGUCGUCGUGCAUUAUUAUAUGGUCUCGCCCUUCAUUAGAUUUAGGAAAUAGUGUAUCCAUCAUUUUCAACAAUUCGGUGUAUCCUUCGUGUGUAUUUGUGUUGGGAAAUGGAGGAUCAACUUCAGGAGUGUGAAUCAGUAUUGAUACGACGUUGGCUUGCAUCUUUUUUUGUAAAAAUGAUAUAUGAACGGGAAAGCAUCUUGACUGAUUUUAAUUGCGUUUAAGUCGUAUGAUAGAAAAGAGUCGUUUUAAAUGCCGGUGUAUACCUUUAUAAUCCUAUCAUAAAUUGGACAUCAAAACAAUGUUAAAGUGAUUACUGAAGUAAAUUGAAACCAAUGUUAUUUUGCUAGCGAGCGGUACAGAAAAGUUUCUAGAACCGUCAUUAUGGACAUCACGAGAACACUCCUGAACUAAAAGGAAGAAACAUAAGCCGUCAGCAAGUUUCUUCUGCCCGCAGUAAUUCAAAUCGAAGUAAAUUAUUUCUUAUCUUUAUGGAAUGUACUUUGAGAAUUUAAGGAAAGCUAGAAUAAAAAAAGAUCAGACCAAACUUCAGUAACAUUGAGACGAAUGUGUGUCGAGUGAAUAAAAUACAAUUCUGCUACAUUAAGAGAAAUAAUGAAAAUAUUAACUAAUAAAAAUGUUGAGAAAUAGAACAAA